UUAUCUUUGGCAAGGGUCGGCAGUAUUUGUUUACAUUUGUGCGUUGUUUGUAUGAACCGGCAAGUCUUAAAUAUUAGCAAUGCCGUUUAUGAAAGGGCGAGCACCUAUAAGAAGGACUCUGAAGUAUCUUGAAGCAGGAAAACUUAUUUUCAAACCCAGAGUAAAGAUAUUUACGGUUAAUUACAACACUUCUGGUGAUCAUCAUCAGGGAGCAAGGGACUUUGUAUUUUGGUAUCUUCCUCAGAUUCAGUACAAAAAUCCAGAUGUCCAAGUUGCAACAUUUAAGAACAUGACACCAUCACCUUUUAUAAGAUGUUUCUUUGAUGAUGGAGAACAAAUGUUAAUUGAUAUUGACAGUAAAACCAAGGAGCAAGUACAUAAUCAUGUGCAAAAAGUAAUAUGUAAACCAGAGAGUGUUUUGGCUGCAGAAUUAACAGCCAAGGAGAAGAAAGACAAUCCUGCAAAUUUUGGUUUUGGCUGUGAAAAGCAUUGCAUAUGUGAAAUCCUUGGACAGGUUCCAUGCCCUGGUGUAGUUCCAUUGCCAAAAGAAUGGAGAGGGAAAUACAAAUAUAAAAAAGAAUAAAAUCUCCAUACUUGUAAAGACCUCAUGCUAAUAGAUAUAUUUGUUGUUGUUUAUAAAUAAAUGUGUGGACAGUACCGAAUUAUAGUCUCCAGUGUCAUUGUUUGAAUCUGUGAUAUGUUGUUAACAUAUAAUGUAUUCGUAGAAAGAGUAUUUGUUGAACAGGCUCUAAUAAUUAUUUCACUGCUUGUUAUCUGCAAACAAUAGUCAGUUUUUAUUGUAGGUUCAUACAAAUUUCAGAUUUUUUUUUCUGAAGCCAUGGUAUAAGUGAAUUGGAAUGAUCAAUAAAUCACUCACACUUAUACAACAUGCUUAUAAAAUUUCAUACCUGAAUUUUGUCAAGGCAGCAUGUGUUUACCUUCCAGUCCAGGGGUGCCUAAUGUUGGUGGUAUUGGCCAUCCAAAAUGUAUAAAGGGCAGUGUAUAGAUAAAACUGAUAUGAAUUCUUUGUUUGUAAUGAUGACUGUAUAUGCAACUACUAAAAUGUUAGGAAGAACUCCUCUCACAGCUGGUAAAAUUGUUGUUUAUUAAAACAUGACUAGUUUCGAAGCUUUAAGCCACAUCAUCAGAUUAGCAAUGUUAAAAGAUCAUAGGCAUACUCAUUGCUCGUAGUCAAAAGUCACUAUUCAGAGAAUUUUGCCAAUAUUAUGGUGAGUGAAAGGUAAAGAAGUAGUGCCCCAUUCUUUAAAAUUUGCCUGCAUCAGUAUGACAGCAGGGCAGCUCAGCUUUCUUAUCUAUUGACAAUAUUCUCUGAAUAGUAAUUUUUGUCUAGGGGAGGUGUAUGCCUAUGAUCUUUUAACACUGUUCACCUGUUGAUGUGGCUUAAAGCCGGAAAACCACUCAUGCUUUAAUAAACAACAAUUUUACCACCUGUGAGCGGAGUUCUUCCUAACAUCAUGCCUUUCUACAGCUGUGGUUGCCUGGAAAAUAAAAUAGUUUGUUGUAAAA